AUGUACAGUAUAACGGGCUUUUCGAAGCUGCAGCCGAUCUUUGCAUCAGCUCAAAGUCUACUGAACACCCACAUCCUAUAUUUUCAACCCAUUUCCGUCUACAAAAUGAAGUUCUUGGCCAUUGCUGUCACCUUGUGCCUCGCUGUGCUGUGCACCCAGGCUUUACCAGCCGAAAUGCCAUCUUCACCACUGCUGCUCAGUCGGAUGGCCAGGUCACCUCAAUUCCCUUACCCAGACUGUGUCCCGUGCACUUGUAAAACGACCAUCACAGAAAUUACCAUAAUCGAACAUGAAGUAAGGCCAGCAUCCACAAGGUUCGGCGGCAGCCCCCAGUGCUGCCCAUGCCCUCCACCUCCCUUCUGAUGCCGUACGUUUUUGA